CAUGAGUUUUGUCCACUUCGUCCUCCCACUUUUAUAUUGCUCUUUAGGAUAGCAAUGGUCCAAAGUUGAUCGUUUUACAGGCAUAUGUCGUGUAUUGGGCUUUGGGCCUUGUUCUUUUAAUUGAACUAAUUACUAAAUUAAUAUUAGCUACCCAAGCCCAGCCCACGAGUAACUGAAAAGGAAGAAGAAGACAAAAGAGUGGGGCAUCUCUCUCUCUCUCUCUCUCUCUCUCUCUCUCUCUCCCACCUGGCCACCUCACUCUCUUCCCCAAUUUUGCAGAGUGCUCUGCAAGAAGCUUCUCACUCCGUCCUUCCCACUCCACUCUCACCGUCAUUGCAAUUGCUCUUCCCUGGCCCCUGCCAUGUCGCAAACCCUAGCUCGUUUCAUCUACACUUCUCGCCGUCUCACCAGGUCCAGCUUAUUCCUCCCAAAAUGUACCCACUCCUCCGCCGCCUCUGCCAUCACUCACCGAACUCCUUCACCUCCAAGUGCUACUCAUCAUCUCCGCCGCCCUCCACUACCGUACUCGCUCUCCCAUGCUGGAGCAUCUUUCCGCACCUCUCACACCGCGACUCGGUGGCUCCAUUCCUACUCAGCUGGUGCCGAGAUGGAGGGAGAAGAGGAGAUGACGGCACCGCCUGCCGGAGCUGGCUGCAGCGACAGUAAUCGGCAUCAGCUCCGUUACUACCUCGUUGUUAUGGAUAAUCACCCUAGCUACCUGCAACUCCCCCAGAACCAACUCUACAGAGACUCUUUUGUGAAGAUGGGUUAUCUCCUUCACAGGAUCCCGGGAGCUAAGAAGAAGAAGAACUACUUAGAUUUUUAUGUUCGCGGGGAUCAGGUUGCAUUUGGUUGCAAGAUCAACACAGAGACAGCAAACAAGCUUAAAGGAAUGCCUGAGGUUGCCAAUGUCAUUGACUGCAACAGCGAGCCUGCCAGUCACCUAGGUGGCCAUUCUGACUUGACGACCGAUGUGGGCUUAGAGAAUAAACAGCAGCUGCCUUACUGGCUCAUUCGCAUGGAUCAGCCCUGUGGCGAGGAACUCACCGAGCAGCAAAGGGUGGACUUCUCCAUGAUGAAGUUGGUCCCGAUCCUUGACAGCCUCCUGAACAAGUACAGCUUAGACAUUUUAAUCACCGAAGAUGAGGUCGCCUUUGGAUGCGAGAUCGGUGAGGAGACUGCGAAAAAGCUGAAAGGACUGCCUGGUGUUGUCGAUGUCAGUCAAUCACCCCGGACCCAUUCUGCUGCCUGCUACUUUGAAUUUGUAGAGAAGGGUGCGGGGCUUUAUGAAAUGUCUGACAACUCUUCUUCCGAUGAAGAGAUGGCGGACUUCGAGCCUUUGCCUCAAUUCCCUUCCUCAUUCUCCGAUUUUAUCGGUGAUCAGCAUAAGAAAUUGCAUCACUGGAUCAUUUUGAAGGAAAAGCCCCGUGACAGGGUGCUCACCACGGAGAGGGAAAUCGUGGAAUACUCCCUUCAGACGUUGUCCCCUGUUUUAUUCGAUGGAGUAAGAAGGGAGAAGGGAGCGGCGCCAAAGGGAAAACUGGAGUUGGCCUUCUAUCCUUGCGACGAUUGCUUUGUUUUCGGAUUGGACAUGGAAGACGAGAGUGCAAGCAAGCUGAAAGGAAUGCCUGGUGUACUCAGUGUCGUCCGUGAAGGUGGUGAUCAUUAUGAGAAACUGCAGCUCUCGCUUGUGAAAGCAAUACCCUAUUUCGGUCAUUUUAAGACGAAGUUUUAUGUGAAGUCUGAACAGAAUGAAGGUCUGUUCACUUUGGAUAGGUAUGUAGUACUGACUACUGGUGGCAAAGGGGGAGGGGAAACGUUCCGACGAAGUUGCUCAAUACCGAUCUCUUUAGAGUACAAGAUGAAGGUGUAGGUAGGGUUUAUGUAAAGUUGGGAACGCAGGGUAAGUGAAAAGAAGCAUAGGGAUGAUUGGGGGGAAGUUUUUUUUGUGGCUAAGGCAGGAUGUUUUUGGGUCUGUACAGAGGAAUGCUGCCUUAGGUUUUCUGAUGAGGAGUCUAUUCUGGUCAGUGUAAUUCGUGGUAUGUAAUGUUAACGAUCAACUUUCGGAACAGCAGUCAAGGUUGUGCAUUUGUCAAUUUUUAGUCAAUGUUGUGGGUUUACCAUUUGAACCGUUCCUCAAUUCAACACUUGUUGUUUGUUCGAAUUUUUUCUGAUGUUUUUAGAAAUAAUAUGUUUGAUAAGACUGUAGAUAGUGAGAUUUUUCAAAAUAUGUUUGAGAAGAUAUUCAGAGACGUGAAGAUGUAUAAACAAGAAUAUCUUUAUUACAUUCGGACAAAGUAUUCAAGUAAGAAUACACGUUAUUAUGCGAUGGACUCAUUACAAUAAAGAAAGAAACAAUCAAAUUUAUGAUUGAUAAGGUACAAUAUUGGCUCACUUUGUUGGUGUUCCUUUCACCUCAAUUUGGAGGAACCUAAAUUUCUUAUAUUCUAAUACCUUCAUCCAAUUUAUGGUUUUUUUAAAGAUAUUCCCAACAGGGAACAACUAGAUACAAAUUGGAAGUCUUUUUAGGAAACCAUAAUAAUACAUAUAAGAGAAAGGGGCGAUGGUCGACAAUUAGUCGAACCAUCGAUAAGAGAGUCUUUAUGGUCACGCAACAGAAAACUCUUUAUACCUAUACGACAUAGGCAAUAUCCGUGACUUCUACCCUAUAAAGGUGAAAAUCAUAGAACUAACCAUGCUGAAACUGAAGUAGAGAAGCAAAUCCUUGCAGUUCUAGUAGGAAGAGGCACCUGCAAAAUAAACAAAGCGGCAACAUGAAGCGUCAAACAACAUCCCAAGUAGACCUGGCCAAGUUGAAAUAGCAGUUAGAAGAAAUACAAUCCUUGUUAGCCGGCGCUGAAUUGCCACCUACAAAACUAGUUUUUUACCCGCCCGUUGGGCGGUGCAUUUUGUUUGCUCAAUUUAUUUUGAUUGAUGUAUGUUGCACUAUUAUACACGAAAUUGUUAAUCUCACUUAGCUAUUUUCAUAUAUUGUUACAAACUUAUUUUAUCUUUUUUUAUUUAUGAAUAUUUUAAUUUUCUUAAAUUAUCUCUAUGUAGAUCUUUUUUAUUGAUUUUAGAAUUUUGUAUCACGUCAGCCAUUUAAGAUAUAUAUAUAAGAGAUUAUUAAUUUUUUAGCCCAGAAAAGUGAUAAAGAAAUUAAAGAUCUAAAGGCCACAAAUGAAGAAGUUAAAAUAAGCAAAUAGCUUUCAAUUAAAAAUAAAAAUUAAGUGAAUAGUUUUUCCUUUUCUCUCCUUUCUCGUCUUUCGAUAUAAGAUAAUAUAAAAUACCAUUAUCCAGAUCUCAUGAAAAUCGUGCAAUAUCAGUUGCCCAUGCAAUUUUGAAAGAAUGAUGAAUCACAUUGUCAUCCGCAUCAACAAUCUUCCGCUUUUCCAUGUAAUCUACCUUGAAAAUGUUUUAGCGAAAUCAAUCACGGUACCACUAUUAGUAUAAAGGUAUGGCAAACUUUAAUACAACUCAAUUGAUUCAAUCUUGUACUGUCUCCAUUCAUGAGUCGGGUCUGAUGCAUGAAUACAAACAACAAUUGGUAAGAAAAACAAUUAUGCCAAAAUCAAAACUUGAAUUAACGAUUCAAUUCAGCAAAAAACAACACUACCAUAACUAAAUAAAAAUGUCAAAACUAAUAGUCCGUCCAAAUAACAAUUGUCUGAUGCAUCAAUACUAACAAAAAUUGGGAAGAAAAGAAAUUGCACUGUCUCACUUCAGGAACAUAACGGCCGGACCUUCUGUUGCUGCUGAAUCAGCUGUGAUGGCGUCGUUUGAGGGUCCAUCAGAAUAUGCAGUCGUUCGGUCUCAUGCAGUCGUUAGGUCAAUAAGUUGGCUCUCAUACAGCCGUUGUAGGUAUAGCUCCAAGGUCUUCUGCUUCAGCUGCUGUUGGUGAAAAGGUCGAGGAGGGAGGCGGUCGGAUUGACGUGGCAGAGUGCGGUGUGAGAUUGCCGAAUGUUAAAGGAAUCCAGACGGUUUUUUUUUUACAAAUAUUAUCAACUUUUAUUCCACCAUAAGAAAGAUACACGCUAAAAAGCUAUUAUAAUUUUAGAGGAGAUCAGAAAUUAGAUCAAGAAUAUUAAUCCAGUCAUCUGUAAAAUAGAUUUAGCUUUUGAUCGUGCAACCCAAUCUGCUCUGACGUUGAAAGCCCUUAGAACCUCUUUCACCGAAAUUGCUGGGUUAGUCCUAAGGAUAUUGAUCAUUGUUCUAAUCCAGGCUGCACAUCUCCAGGGCCAUCGAGACUGAUUAUGAUUCAGGGCCUUCACCAGCAAUUGACAGUCAGAUUGUACUGUACACACCGAUCCAUAUUCUUGUGCUAAUUUAAUUCCUUCCAAAAGAGCCUUUGCUUCCGCUUCAAUCGGAGUGAAUCAAAGAAGAUUUUCAGCUCUCCCAUCACACACUUGUCCAUGGUGGUUAACGACAACAAUACCAUAUGCCACCGAUUGGGGGUCGCUAAAGAAUGACCCAUCAUAGUAAAUCACUAUCGAGUGAUUACUUGACGGUGGAUUCGUAGUAGGAUGGGAUCCCUGAGCUAAGUGGGACCAUCUGAACCUUGAGGUGGGGGCCUCGGGCAAGCAAUCCAUUCCGUAAACUCUCUAUAAGUUUGCAGACACACGUUUGGGAAUCCAGACGGUGAGCGUUAGUGAUCGGAUGUCGUUUGAAUAUAUUCAUUUAGUUUGGGUAAAGGAAUGACCACUUUCUGAUGGGCCAUUAAGGGAGACGAAGGGUCCAAAAGCUAGGGAAUUGUAGAAGCGAAAAGAUAAUGGUAAAAUUUACUUUUACCGCAAAUAAUGGGAGAGGCUGAGAGGCAGCCAUGUGCUGAUAUGGCAUAAUAUUGGUUUUGAAUUCCUAUAAUAUUAAGUAAGGAUAGCAAACAAACUUGCCCCUAAUGA